UUUACCAAUUACAAAAAGCCUCAAAAUCCUUAGAUUUGGACUCCAAUAUGUAUGGAGCUCAUUCUUAAAGACAAUCUUAGUUUAUAAAUGCAUUAGGAAAUCUCACCUCAAGUAUAUAAUAAAUCACAUCAUAUAUAUGGGUUUCUCUUGUGAUUAUACUUUCUCUUAUCAACAACAACAGCAAACUCGUCUCCCCAUGAACUUCACUCAAAAAACUCAAAGCUUUCCCAAUUCCAAUCAUCCAAAUAUUGUCCUAGUUGAUCAUCAUUCCAUGUCGCUCGCUGCUGAUAAUCUUCACCUUCCAGACAACAAAGAAAAGAGCAAAGGAGGAACAAAGAGAAAGAGAGACCGUUCCAAAGACGCCAACAAUACUGAAGAAGUUAUUCACGUAAGAGCAAAGAGAGGCCAAGCUACUGAUAGCCACAGCUUGGCAGAAAGGGUAAGAAGAAAGAAAAUAAACGAGAGGUUAAAAUGCCUUCAAACUCUGGUUCCAGGAUGUUACAAGACAAUGGGAAUGGCAGUAAUGUUGGAUGUGGUUAUCAGUUAUGUUCAAUCACUUCAGAAUCAGAUUGAGUUUCUAUCCAUGAAGCUUUCUGCAGCAAGUAUGUACUACGAUUUUAGUUCGGCGAAUACGGAUACUACCAACGCAAUUCAGGUCAGAAAUGCGCUUAUGACUCAAGGGACAAACGCAGUACAUGUGAAUCAGAAGUUUGGAAGAGAAGUGUAUGGAGGAUUUUCUCAAAGCUUCCACUGAUCAAUGCCUUUGCAACACUUUUCCCACGCAGAGUACUCUGUUUUUCAUGCUUGUAAUUUUAUUUUAUUGUUUAUUUGUUUGUGAAAAAGAAGAGUUGUAAAUGAAAACCAAUGAUAUUAUUUGAAGGACUUCACGUUGUGGAAUUUCCCAAGAAUUAUUUGUAGUUUCGGUUAAUCAUAAUCAGAAUAAUUAGAGACUUUCUUUGUAUCA